AUGGAAAAGGUAUUACCUGGCGCAUUGCUCUUCGCUUUCAUUUGCCUCAGUGGUACGUUUCGGUUCAUUUUGACUAUUACUGAUUUGUCAGCGUUCAUUUUAAAAUAAUUUUAUAUAUUAACCAAAUUCUCUUUGAGGUUUUCGCCAGUGAGUACACCACUGUUGGCGGAAAUGUAACCAAUUGAACAGAACUCACGUACACCACUAUAUCCUCUGAUAUGCCAUCAGGAAAUGCCACAGAAACAAACACAACGGCCUCUUUAGACGAUGCUGCAAUGAAUGUUACGGCACCUACGAAUAGCAAGAACACCUCAACUAAUGACACGAGCAAUGGCACAUCUGGCUAUUUGACGGGUACUGUUACUAGCCAAUUGUUAAUUGGUCACGGUAGGAACUAGUUAGUACAAAGUCUCUCGUAACAUUCUUGUGUCUUCCUAGUAGGUAAACGUCGGGACUUUUAGACAGACAGUAGCCGCCAUCUUUCAUGAAAUGUUAACCGAAAUUUCGAGAUGUGUUUUCGAUUAAAAAGUACAUAUAAACAGCUUUCUAAUAUUCGAACUCGCAUUGAAGUUUGCCGGGUUCGGAAUGAGCUUCCGUCUACCAGAUGGCAGCAUAAAUACUAAGGCAGUUUCUCACUGACGGUCACCCCAGAAAUGUAAUGUAAUUCGUGGGACCGAUUUUCAAAAAGACUUUUAUUUUACUCUAUGGUUAAACAUUGCGUCUCUUUGAAAUUAAAUUCGUUAACAAUUUGUGUCUUCAUGUUUAAGAGCCUUACAAUUGAUAUUUUUCAAACCCCCUAGUGCCACACAAUAGUGCAUUGUAUUUUGCUUUUAUUAACGCUGCUUGUAACGUAUGUAAUAUGGUCGACAUAUACUGAAAGUUUUUGUCGGCCUUAUAUGAAACAUUCAUAACGUAAAUAUGCGUAUAUAUAUAUAUAUAUGAUUUUCCGAAAACAGAAAGUAUACAACGCUUAAAGUGCGUUACCUGACACAUGAAAUGCGUCGAAAUUUGCGAAAAAUCGAUAACCACUCGCAAGCCGAAACCAAUGCGUAGACUCACUAUCUAUGUGAAUUUAUAAACCUUUCAGGGAAAUUGAAAACAUAAAAGAAUUGUUGACGAUAGUGUUACGUUGUCCAAAAAUAAUAAGCUUGAGAAAGGCGGAAAAACGUCAAACAUCGUUGCAAAACACUAAGUAAAUAUGACAGCACGAUCAGAGAACUUCGAAAACAUCUUUUUAGUGAAGUAAAUAUUUAGAUGUCCUUUACGGAUAAGUUCAAUUUCACGCACGGCGGUUUGCCAACAACUUCCAUCCUGGGUAUAAAUUCCACAAUGGUUUCCCGGGGAUUCGUGGUAUUCUAUAUGAAGUUGAAUUAAUUUAGAUGUGGUUCAAUAAAGUAAAUUAGAUUUCGGCUGAUAUCAUUGAUAGGGUCUUCAUAGAAAUAACGCUAUUCACAGGGAACGCGCUAGGCCGACCGGUGAUUAAUACAUACAAUUUGAUUUGUCGGAUGAAAUCGUAAACACGCCAUUUUUUCUAUAUUGUGCAGUUUAUCUUCCCAAAAAUUAAUGUGCACUUUUUCCUGUUUUUUGAGAUGUUGAGUUUCAGAUUACUUUAAGCCGUUUGUUCAGUUCCUUAUGCUUUUCUGAGUUUUUUAAUACAUUGCCAUAACGCUAGACUCUACAUUAUGCGUCCAUUAAAAUCAUUCGAAUAAGAUACUUCUUGAAGAAAUUUUUCAAAUUUGUAAGUGCUUUGACGUUCCCUUUUGUUUAAAUAGCCAAUUCGGUCAUGUGUGAUAUCAGACCAAAACAGAAAACCCCGUCUUCGAAUACAAUGACCAUCCACGACAAAAAUCAACAGCGAAUAUGCAUUCACACAGCUACAAAACAUUUUAUUAUUAAUCACUUUUUAAGGAAUGCUUAAAUACCGCGUUCCGUUGGCAGAUGUCUGUGUAUUUUAUAUUUUUAAACGAUGAAGCCAAGUCAAAACUCGACACGACCGUUUAUUGCACGUUAAAAAAUACCGAUAAUUUUUGUCGUAAGCGCAGGAAAAUUCCUUUAUCUCCAUAUGUCGGCCACUUUUACUAUAUUUGCUCACUGUAGGGCUCCGGUUUACGAUUGGGAAUGCCCGGCAUAGUGAACAGACGAAUACUGAUAUUUUGUAGAAAUUGUUAAUAUUAUGCUCGCUUUUUCGCUCACUAACAUAUGUGCAGAAAUCAGAUGACAAGAAAAUUGGUGCUUCGUGUCAUGUCAUAUCAUUAUUUGAAUGACAAAACACCUUUGUCCUAUUAAAAGAAAGUGUGGACUAUGUUGUUAAGACAGCCCGUUCGGGCACGAAGUCGCACAGGUUUGUUAAUCUGAUCUUUAACAAUCGAUAAAACGUACAACUAUCUGAAAAUAAAUCGCGUGUCUGCAAACCGAUUUUCACAGUUAUCAUGAACCAAUAAACUUAUUUACUAUUAAGAAGGGUUUUACUUGACGCAUUGCUGCUUGCUUCUAUUUACCUCCGUGGUAUGCUCUUGUCCACUUUGCCCGUAGCUAAGUUGUCAGAAUUCACUUAAAUUAAUUUGGUCUAUUGACAAAAUUUCCUUUUUUUUCGUCAGGAGCAUUUGCAAGUGAGAACAGCACUGAAGCCAGUGGUAUCACAUCGGCCAGCGUCAAUGCAACCAAUGCCAUAGGGCUCAUAAACACCACUGUAUCCUCUGAUAUGGCAUCUGGAAAUGGCACCGUGACAAACACUACGAAGGCCAGAGACGACGAUGCAAUAAAUGUUACGGCACCUGCGAAUAGCAGCAACACCCCUACUAAUGACACGGCCUCUGCGAACAACAGCACCAGCAAUGAAACAACAUCUGGAAAUUUUACAGGUGCAGUUACCACCAAGCCUCCAUCGCAAGAAAUCAAACCAUCAGAAAACACACCGAAAUCCGGAGUUCCUAAUUUAGUACUGGCUCAGAGUUGCUUUAUUUCAACUGCUCUUGCCUUGUUCAACAAACUGUGA